AUGGAAGGAGGCGGCAAACCCAACUCCUCGUCCAACAGCCGGGACGAUGGCAACAGCGUCUUCCCCGCCAAGGCGCCCGCGACGGGCGCGGGGUCGGCCGCGGCCGACAAGCGCCUGGGCACCCCGCCGGGGGGCGGCGGGGCCGGCGCGAAGGAGCACGGCAACUCGGUGUGCUUCAAGGUGGACGGCGGCGGCGGCGGCGGCGAGGAGUCGGCCGGGGGCUUCGAGGACGCCGAGGGCCCCCGGCGGCAGUACGGCUUCAUGCAGAGGCAGUUCACCUCCAUGCUGCAGCCCGGGGUCAACAAAUUCUCCCUCCGCAUGUUUGGGAGCCAGAAGGCGGUGGAAAAGGAGCAGGAAAGGGUUAAAACUGCAGGCUUCUGGAUUAUCCACCCUUACAGCGAUUUCAGGUUUUAUUGGGAUUUAAUAAUGCUUAUAAUGAUGGUUGGAAAUCUGGUCAUCAUACCAGUUGGAAUCACAUUCUUUACAGAACAAACAACAACACCAUGGAUUAUUUUCAAUGUGGCAUCAGAUACGGUUUUCCUUUUGGACCUGAUAAUGAAUUUUAGGACUGGCACUGUCAAUGAAGACAGUUCUGAAAUCAUCCUGGACCCUAAAGUGAUCAAGAUGAAUUAUUUAAAAAGCUGGUUUGUGGUUGACUUCAUCUCAUCAAUCCCAGUGGAUUAUAUCUUUCUCAUUGUAGAAAAAGGAAUGGAUUCAGAAGUUUACAAGACAGCCAGGGCACUUCGCAUUGUGAGGUUUACAAAAAUUCUCAGUCUCUUGCGUUUGUUGCGACUUUCAAGGUUAAUUAGAUACAUACAUCAGUGGGAAGAGAUUUUCCACAUGACGUAUGACCUUGCCAGUGCGGUGGUGAGAAUUUUUAACCUCAUCGGCAUGAUGUUGCUUCUGUGCCACUGGGAUGGCUGUCUUCAGUUCUUAGUCCCACUACUGCAGGACUUCCCACCGGACUGCUGGGUGUCUCUGAAUGAAAUGGUUAAUGAUUCGUGGGGAAAGCAGUAUUCGUAUGCACUCUUCAAAGCUAUGAGUCACAUGCUGUGCAUUGGGUAUGGAGCCCAGGCCCCAGUCAGCAUGUCUGACCUCUGGAUUACCAUGCUGAGCAUGAUCGUUGGGGCCACCUGCUAUGCCAUGUUUGUCGGCCAUGCCACAGCUUUAAUCCAGUCUUUGGAUUCUUCAAGGCGCCAAUAUCAAGAGAAGUAUAAGCAAGUGGAACAAUACAUGUCCUUCCAUAAGUUACCAGCUGAUAUGCGUCAGAAGAUACACGAUUAUUAUGAACACAGAUACCAAGGCAAAAUCUUUGACGAGGAAAACAUUCUCAGUGAACUCAACGAUCCUCUGAGAGAGGAGAUAGUCAACUUCAACUGUCGGAAACUAGUGGCUACAAUGCCACUGUUUGCUAAUGCGGACCCCAAUUUUGUGACUGCCAUGCUCAGCAAGUUGAGAUUUGAGGUGUUUCAACCUGGAGAUUAUAUCAUACGAGAAGGAGCUGUGGGUAAAAAGAUGUAUUUCAUUCAACAUGGCGUUGCUGGUGUCAUCACAAAAUCCAGUAAAGAAAUGAAGCUGACAGAUGGCUCCUACUUUGGAGAGAUUUGCUUGCUUACCAAGGGACGCCGCACUGCCAGUGUUCGAGCUGAUACAUAUUGUCGUCUUUAUUCACUAUCCGUGGACAAUUUCAAUGAGGUUCUGGAGGAAUAUCCAAUGAUGCGGAGAGCCUUUGAGACGGUUGCCAUUGACCGACUAGAUCGGAUAGGAAAGAAAAAUUCAAUUCUUCUGCAAAAGUUCCAGAAGGAUCUGAACACCGGCGUCUUCAACAAUCAGGAGAACGAGAUCCUGAAGCAGAUCGUGAAACACGACCGGGAGAUGGUGCAGGCAAUCGCUCCCAUCAGUUAUCCCCAAAUGACAGCCCUGAAUGCCACCUCUUCCACCACGACUCCGACCUCCCGCAUGAGGACGCAGUCUCCGCCGGUGUAUACAGCGACCAGCCUGUCCCACAGCAACCUGCAUUCCCCCAGCCCCAGCACACAGACCCCCCAGCCGUCAGCCAUCCUGUCACCCUGCUCCUACACCACUGCGGUCUGCAGCCCGCCGGUACAGAGCCCGCUGGCCACUCGAACUUUCCACUACGCGUCCCCCACCGCCUCCCAGCUGUCGCUCACGCAGCAGCAGCAGCAGCAGAUCCAGCAGCCCCAGCCCCCGCAGCCCCCGCAGCAGCCCCCGCAGCCCCAGACGCCCGGCAGCUCCACGCCCAAGAACGACGUGCACAGGAGCACCCAGGCGCUCCACAACACCAGCCUGAGCCGAGAGGUCAGGCCCCUGUCGGCCUCGCAGCCCUCGCUGCCCCAUGAGGUUUCCACUCUCAUUUCCAGACCUCAUCCCACUGUGGGCGAGUCCCUGGCCUCCAUCCCUCAGCCCGUGACGGCUGUUCACGGCCCGAGCCUUCAGGCGGGGGCCCGGGGCACGGUCCCCCAGCGAGUCACCCUGUUCCGACAGAUGUCAUCGGGAGCCAUUCCCCCCAACCGAGGAGCCCCUCCCGCACCCCCUCCACCAGCAGCUGCUCUUCCGAGAGAGGCUUCCUCAGUCUUAACUACAGACCCAGAGGCAGAAAAGCCACGAUUUGCUUCAAAUUUAUGAUCCCUGCUGAUUGUCAAAGCAGAAAGAAAGACUCCGAUAAACUGAGAAUGUUCUCAGAAAUUAUUUUCUU